GCCCUCCGCACUAGGAUGUUGCGGCAGGUCUUGCACAGGGGGCUGGGGACGUCCUUCUCCCGGCUCGGCCACUUCGUCGCCAGCCACCCGGUGUUCUUCGCCUCGGCGCCCGUGCUCAUCUCCAUCCUGCUGGGCGCCAGCUUCAGCCGCUACCAGGUGGAGGAGAGCGUGGAGCACCUCCUGGCCCCCACGCACAGCUUGGCCAAGAUCGAGAGGAACCUGGUGGACAGCCUCUUCCCGGUGAACCGCUCCAAGCACCGGCUCUACUCCGACCUGCAGACGCCUGGGAGGUACGGCCGGGUGAUCAUCACCUCCUUCCGCAAGGCCAACAUGCUGGACCAGCACCACACCGAUCUCAUCCUCAAGUUGCACUCUGCAGUGACCAGGAUCCAAGUUCAAAGACCUGGUUUCAAUUACACGUUUGCCCAUAUAUGUAUCCUGAACAAUGACAAGACAUGCAUAGUGGACGACAUAGUGCAUGUACUGGAGGAAUUAAAGGCUGCUCGUUCUUCUAAUCGAACUAAUUUUGCAAUCACUUAUCCGAUUACUCACUUAAAGGAUGGCAGGGAAGUGUAUAAUGGGCAUCAGCUCGGUGGGGUUACUGUGCACAGCAAGGACCGGGUGAAGUCUGCAGAAGCCAUUCAGCUCACCUACUACUUGCAGGCAAUCAACUCCUUGAAUGACAUGGUGGCAGAGAAGUGGGAAUCCAUUUUUUGUGACACUGUUGAACUUUUCCAGAAAUCCAACAGGAAAGUCAAAAUGUAUCCUUUCACUUCCUCUUCGCUGAAGGAGGAUUUCCAGAAGACGAGCAGGGUGUCAGAACGCUACCUGAUCACAAGCUUGGUCCUUGUGGUCACCUUGGCCAUUCUCUGCUGCUCCAUGCAGGAUUGUGUCCGCAGCAAACCCUGGCUUGGCCUGCUGGGAUUGCUGACAGUGACUCUUGCCACCCUGACUGCUGCUGGGAUCAUCAAUCUCACUGGUGGGAAGUACAAUUCCACCUUCCUGGGAAUUCCCUUCGUCAUGUUAGGUCAUGGGUUGUAUGGGACUUUUGAAAUGUUGUCCUCCUGGAGAAAAACUAGAGAAGAUCAACACGUUAAAGAGAGGACUGCAGCUGUAUUUGCAGACUCCAUGCUCUCGUUUUCUCUCACCACUGCCAUGUACCUGGUCACUUUUGGAAUAGGUGCCAGUCCCUUCACUAACAUUGAAGCAGCCAGGAUUUUCUGCUGCAAUUCCUGUAUUGCAAUUUUCUUCAACUACCUCUAUGUACUCUCCUUUUAUGGUUCCAGCCUGGUGUUUACUGGCUACAUAGAAAACAACUACCAGCAUAGUAUCUUCUGCAGAAAGGUACCAAAGCCAGAGGUAUUGCAAGAGAAGCCUGCAUGGUAUAGGUUUCUUCUGACAGCCAGAUUCAGUGAGGACACGGAUGAUUCAGAGGAAACGAACACUUACGAGAGUCAUCUUUUGGUGUGGUUCCUGAAACGCUAUUAUUGUGACUGGAUAACAAACACUUACGUCAAGCCUUUUGUAGUUCUCUUUUACCUUGUUUAUAUUUCCUUUGCCUUAAUGGGCUACCUGCAGGUCAGUGAGGGGUCAGACCUGAGUAACAUCGUAGCGACUGCGACUCGGACCAUCGAGUACACAGCUGCCCAGCAGAAGUAUUUCAGUAACUACAGCCCGGUCAUUGGGUUCUACAUCUACGAGUCCAUCGAGUACUGGAACACCAGUGUCCAGGAGGACGUAUUGGAGUAUACCAAGGGCUUUGUGAGGAUAUCUUGGUUCGAAAGCUACUUAAAUUACCUUAGGAAACUCAACAUAUCUACUGGAUUGCCGAAGAAGAAUUUCACUGAUAUGUUGAGGAACUCCUUUCUGAAGACCCCUCAGUUUGCCCAUUUUUCAGAGGAUAUCAUCUUUUCCAAGAAAUACAACAAUGAAGUUGAUGUUGUGGCCUCCAGGAUGUUCUUGGUGGCCAAGACAAUGGAAACCAAGAGGGAAGAACUUUAUGACCUCCUGGAGACUCUAAGGAAGCUCUCUCUCACCUCCAAGGUGAAGUUCAUAGUUUUCAAUCCGUCAUUUGUGUACAUGGAUCGUUAUGCCUCUUCAGUGGGAGCCCCCUUACAAAACUCCUGCAUUAGUGCUUUAUUUCUGCUCUUCUUCUCUGCAUUCCUGGUGGCAGACUCUCUGAUCAAUGUCUGGCUCACUCUAACUGUUGCCUCGGUUGAAUUUGGAGUUAUAGGUUUUAUGACCUUGUGGAAAGUGGAACUAGAUUGUAUUUCUGUGUUGUGCUUAAUUUACGGAAUUAAUUAUACAAUUGACAACUGUGCUCCACUGUUGUCAACCUUUGUCCUGGGCAAAGAGUUCACAAGAACUAAAUGGGUGAAAAAUGCCCUGGAAGUGCAUGGGGUAGCUAUUUUGCAGAGCUACCUCUGCUAUAUUGUUGGUCUGAUUCCUCUUGCAGCUGUGCCUUCAAAUCUGACCCGUACACUGUUCAGGUGCUUGUUUUUAAUAGCAUUAGUCACCUUCUUUCACUGCUUUGCCAUUUUACCUGUGAUACUGACUUUCCUGCCGCCCUCCAAGAAGAAGAGGAAAGAGAAGAAGAACCCUGAAAACCGUGAGGAAAUAGAGUGUGUUGAAAUGGUGGAUAUGGAUAGCACCCGAGUGGUUGACCAAAUUACAACAGUCUAA